AUGCGCAUAACUGUUGUAAUCCUCUUGCUGCUUUCUACCCGCGCCCAGUUGCAACUCAUCCGAGGAGGUCACAAUAUGACUUUGGUGAAAUCCGUGCUGACAGCCCUUCGCGGCAGGGAGAAUUGGAAAAAUACCCCCAUUUUUUUGGGGGCCAACACGAAUUCAUAUGACCUGAAUGGCCUGAUGAUUUGGCUUCAACUGACAAUGGAGGUAACUUGCCACACGGUAGAUACAGCUAUUCCAGCCCACAAGCAACAUCCUCUGGGUUACUAUAAUAUAAAUGCGGACAAUUCGGUCAGCUUGUUAUUUUGCCAAAGCACCCAGGAAUUGAUUUGGUUCAAUGCGGACAAGGGUCUUCGAAGACUACAUAGUAUUCGUCUAAUUGUCGUUUUACCCACCAAACGAAGUGCAUCUUACAACGCCAUAAUGGGCAUAUUCAGGAGACUAUGGCACUUUCAGUUCAUCAAUGUUCUUGUUCUUCACAGGGAUCAGAUUUACUCGUACACUCCAUAUCCGGUAAUUCGAUUCUUUAAGCUGGAUCUUCAAUCCGAUCCGCUUUUUCCGCCAAGUACAACUGAUUUCCAGGGCUAUGUGGUAUCCACACCAGUGGAGAAUGAUGUUCCUCGUGUCUUCUUUGUGCGGGAUCAGAAGACUGGAAGCAAGCAGAUAAGAGGAUUUGGAUAUCGCACAUUCGUGGAGUAUCUGCAUCGUCACAAUGCCUCGUUGCAUGUGAGUAACCCCCAGCAGGACCAUGCGACCAAUAGUAGUGUGAAUAUGGGACGGAUGAUGCAGCACAUAAUGGAUGGCCAGCUGGAGAUAUCAUUGCAUCCUUAUGUGGACGUGCCGGAGACAAUGGGCGAUCACAGCUAUCCGUUGCUAGUGGCCACCAAUUGCCUAAUAGUCCCUGUUCGAAAUGAAAUAUCCCGUCACAUGUAUCUGCUGCUGCCCCUCAACCAGUGGAGCUGGAUUCUUCUGCUCGGAUCUGUAAUCUACAUUAGCGGAGUACUCUACUGGAUUCAACCUGGACUGGAUCAUCGCAGCUGGGAUCAGCGGAUUGGAUUUAACAUCCUGGAUAGCAUCAGCCGAAUAAUAUAUAUUUGCUCUCCCUCGAGGGUUUACCGCCCAUCACUGAGGUAUAUUCUGGUUUCAUUGCAGCUCACUGUUUUGGGAUUUGUGGUCACCAACCUGUAUAGCAUUCAGUUGAGCAGUUUUUUCACCACUUUGGUGGUGGGUGAGCAGGUGGAUAGCAUGGAGCAGCUUAUCCAGCAACAACAAAAAGUUCUGGUCAAACAUUACGAAGUCAGUACUCUCCUGCGGCAUGUGGAACCCCAUUUGGUUGACGGAGUAGCCCGACUUUUGGUGGGCGUAAAUGCCAGUGAACAGGUGUCCGCUCUGCUAGGAUUCAAUCGCAGCUACGCCUACCCCUUCACCCUUGAAAGAUGGGAGUUUUUCUCUCUCCAACAGCAAUAUGCCUUCAAGCCGAUCUUUCGCUUCUCAUCGGCAUGCCUGGGAUCCCCGAUUAUUGGUUAUCCGAUGCGGAGUAACUGUCACCUGCAAUCGUCUCUCAACAUAUUCAUCAUGCGGAUCCAGGCGGCAGGACUCCUGCAGCACUGGUUCGUCUCCGAUUUCAACGAUGCCAUGCGCGCUGGAUACGUUAGACUCCUGGACAACGUCCUGGGAUUUCAUUCCCUGGAUAUCGAUUCCUUGCGCCUGGGUUGGGCAACCCUUGGAUGUGGAUGGCUAUUGUCCGCUAUAAUUUUCCUUUGCGAACGCUGGCGGUUUUACCAUCGGCACUAA